UGGGCAUUUCCUCCAUCCCAGCCCACAACACCUACUCACUCUCUGCCUCUCUACCCCUACACGUGUUUCCCUGCUGCAGCUCCAUCCCUGAGAUGGCUCACUGGUCUUUAUUUCCUUAAGGGGGGGUGCAUGGUGAUCUGAGCGAUGGGGGCGCUUUGCCCUCACAACCUGCAACCCUUAAACUUAUGUGACAGCAGCUUAACCGGAGGCUAGACUUCGUCACAUUGCCUCUGCAGCCCUCCUCCUCCUCCUCCUCCUCCUCCUCCUCCUCUUCAUCCCUCUCCCCCUCCCCACAACACGACUCCUCUCCACUCGCUCUGCAGCUUGUGAGACUGGAAGGCAGCCUCGGUGUGUGUGUGUGUGUGUGUGUGGAGGGUAAGAGCGGAGCGAGGCUUCCCCAGAACAGAGACGCAGCAGGACAGGAGGAGGUGAACGGGACGAAGAUGGAGGCCAGCUUUGACGCUGAGGAGAGUUUUGACGAUCCCUCUUGUCUCGCCCCGCAGCCCCCCGGCUCCGUGUCGCCGGCCAAGAGGCAGAUCAAUGAGGUCAAGGAAACCAGGACCACUAUAAACUGCGUGACGUUCCCGCUGCCCGGAGAAGGUCCGGAGCAGCAGCUCCUCAAGCCCGACGAAUGGAGCUACUGCGAUUAUUUCUGGGCCGACAAGAAGGACCCCCAGGGGACCACCCACGUGACGGGCUUCGAGGUCCUCCUGCAGAAGCAGCUGAAGGGGAAGCAGCUGCAGAAGGAGAUGGCUGAGUUUAUCCACGAGAGGAUAAAGAUUGAGGAGGAAUAUGCCAAAAACCUCUCCAAGCUGUCCCUGAGCCCGCUGGCAGCACAGGAGGAAGGGACUCUUGGAGAAGCCUGGACUCAGCUGAAGAAGAGCCUCCAUGAUGAAGCUGAAGUUCACCUCAAGUUCUCUAACAAGCUCCACACGGAGGUUGAGAAACCCCUGCUGACAUUCAGAUGUGACAACUUCAAGAAGGAUCUGAAAAAGUACGACCACCACAUAGCGGACCUCAGGAAGCAGCUGGCGAGCCGCUUCGCCGGCGUGGAAAAGGCUCGUAAAGCUCUGGCGGACCGGCAGAAGGACCUGGAGGUAAAGACACAGCAGCUGGAGAUCAAACUCAGCAACAAGACAGAAGAGGACAUAAAGAAGGCGCGACGGAAAUCCACACAAGCAGGAGAUGAUCUGAUGCGAUGUCUGGAUCUCUACAAUCAAACCCAGUCCAAGUGGUUUGAGGAAAUGGUCACAAACAGCAUGGAGCUGGAGAAGCUGGAGGUUGAGCGGGUCGAGUGGAUUCAGCAGCAUCUGCGUCAGUACACAACGCUGCGGCACGAAACAGACAUGUUCAACCAGAGCACGGUGGAGCCGGUUGACCAGCUGCUGCAGAACGUGGAUCCAGCCAAAGACAGGGAGCUGUGGGUAAAAGAGAACAAAACCGGUGAUGUUCGACCCAUCGAUUUGGACAUAUAGACGACCCAGACCUGGCUACCAUCUGACCUGCUUUCAGUAUCAUGACACGUCUACAGAGUACUGGAAGGUUUCUGAUUGCACUGAUCUGUGGACGGUGCUCGUUCAGACUCCUGAGCUCUGCUCAUUCUCUCCCACUUUAAUCACAUGGAGGGAAAUAUUUAAUGCAGUCGGAGUCCUGGAAAAAAAGAAAUGGAUCAAAGUACCAGCAUGUUCCCUCUAAAUUUUAACCCUAUCAUAUACAGCAUUAUCUCACUGAAUGCCAUAUAACGUACUCUGCUGUUUUAAAUGUUGUAAAUGAUAUUAAAAAAAAAUCUAUGUUCUUUAAAUUCUUUAAUUUAGCGUUGAUUAACUUGUUUCCAUUUUGUGCUAACUAAACAAGAAGAAAAAAAAAAUCAAAGCCUGAUUAUUGAUAUUACCUUUAUUCUAGAUACAGAUUCUUAAACUGGAUGAGGUAUUAUAAUGAAUAUGAUAUAUUUUCCUAGUUUUUUUUUUCUUCUCCAGGCUCAUUUCAGUGGAAAUGCAUGUUUUAAAUAUCUCGCUCUCGCCAUAGAGCGGAAGCUGCACACUUCUCUGCAGUCAUGAUGGUUGUUUUGUUUAGUUCAUUGAAUUUGCACAAGGUAAUCUGUGUCCCGUGAUCAAUUUAGGCUCUUUCUCAACAGCAACGACAAAAUAUUCAGCAUUAAUAUCCAGCAACCUCAGCUGUUCAAAGCAUUCAGUGGUUUGGAAUUUCAAUUCAAUUCAGUCCCAACAACAUUUAGGCCGUUGUGGAUCCAGUCUGGAGGAAAAAGGUGGUCCAAGUUACACUAAAACACCUUUUAGUGCCUAUCAGUUUAUAUUCCUGGAAUGUCCUUGAUAUAUUCUCUGCAUCAGUGUACAUUUGUAGAUACUGGCUAGAUGUAUUUUGUUGUGAACUGUUUUAACAGAUGUUCAGGCUGACAAGGUGUUAACGCUGUACAACAAUGUUUAUUUUUGGUAAAUGUGCAGGGAAUAUUUUUAUGCUGGUGUUCAGCAGCAGAAAGCGAAAUAGAUCAACAGACUAUUAGAUUAUGCAUUUUAUUUUUUUUUCAUUUUGUUGAUCCAGUGCAGCAGAAGGAGGCACAAAAUCAAACGAAGCCCAUCGGAUCAGAGUCUGCAUGUAAAGUUUGUCUCCGUGCUUACGUGUGUGCAUUUGUCUGUUGUCUGCACAUUUUUCUUGUAGUCUGUGAGUCUUUGCUUUAUUUGCUAAUUUUAGGACAACUACAUAACGAAUCCAACAAAGUGACAAAAAAAAAAAAAACAUUGUUAUGAACGAUAAAUGUAAACUAAUCUUAAAUAUGCAUUGUUUUAUUCUUAGUUUUGUGCAACAAGACGAACAAUGAUCCUAAUUUGAAUCUAUAAGUGAGCUGUUAAACAUUUUUUACUUUAGACCCAUCAGGCUACUCAUGCAGAUUCGUAGGUAUUGUAUUUGUUGUAGAGGUUUCAUCGUUGUGCGUCGGUGUUGUGCACUAAAUGUCGUACCGUUCCAACUAAAUGUUCCUGACAAGAGUUUGAUGAUGACGUAACGGUUGACCUCACCGGCCCGUGUGGUGGACGUUUACAUUAAAUCCAGUGUUUUAUGAAUGUUUUGAUCAUACGUGACCUCUGUCCAGAUCGUGAACCGAGGAAUGCAGUGUACAAAAUAAAUCUCCUCUUUGAAAAUCAAA